AUGUCUUCCUCAUCGUCAUCGUCCGCUGCUUCUGCUCACACCAUUACAACCAAGGGUGGAGAGGUGCUCUAUGUUCAUGUUCCGGAUUCAUCCGAUAAGGAGAUUGAAGAAUUGUAUAAAUAUGAAGAGGAGUUAAGCGAGGCUUUGGGAGGAUACAAGGGAGGCGCUGCUUCAGCACCUAAUUUGGAGAAUCAGUGCAAGCCAACUUUCCAGAAAAUUCUUGCCACUGUUUCACCUAACCAUUCCAAGAAAGCUAAGGAACUUGCCUGCCAAUUCAUUCCUAAAUAUGCUGCCCAUUUUCCAUCGUUAUCAACAGAAAUUUUGAAUAAGCAGUUGGAUUUAUGUGACGACGAAGAUAGAACUUUAAGAAUACAGGCAAUCAAAGGAUUACCAAAACUUUGUCAAUUGUGGAAUUCUCAAAUUCAUAUCAUCACGAGUGUUUUAGUUCAACUAUUGAGGGAUGCUGAUGCUGGCGAAACUCAAAUUUUGAAAGACUGUUUGAAUGAAUUGAUGGAUCUCGACGCAAAGACAUGCUUUGCAUCUGCUCUUCAACAAAUUGCUACUCCUUCUUCUGGUGAUGAAGCAAUAUUAAGAGAAAAGGCCAUUGAUUAUCUCUCUGAGAUUAUGAAAAAGAAACAUAUUAAUCUUCAAUUUGAAGACGAAAAGGUGCAAGAACAAUUCCUCAAGGAUGCCGAAAAGAUUUUAUCCAUAUUCACUUCAUCAUCAGAGACAUUUUCAAAUCACGAAAAGGAGGCUGAAAACAUGAGACUAUUUUUGUCGUUAAUUUCAAAGUUGAAAAUGUUCAAGAAUGAUACUGUAGCAUGGAUGAAGUUUCUUAAAAAACACUGCCCUGUUGAUGUUGAGAGCAAUCUCAAUUUGAAGGAUGAUGCUGACAAGUGGAAAUUACGUAAAUUCCUUUCUUUCCUUAGAGCUGCAAAGAAAGGAAUGACUGAACAAAAAGAAAAUUCUCCUUACUUCCCAUUCCUAAUGAAGCACGUAUUUCCAAAUCUCAAAGAGCUACAAAACUCAAAUGCAGAAGAUGACAAGUUACGUGUCGCCACAUUAAGAACUAUUGCAGAAAUUUCACAUUGUACAUCAGAAUACUACUCUCGCACGUUCAUACCAACCAUCUAUGAUGCUCUCAAAAGCGAAAUUCCAGAAAAAGCAGAUGCUUCUGCAAUGAUGAACUUUACCAAUAUUGAAUGCUAUCUGUUUAUUUUCCACAGAUUGGCCAUUAAGAGUCCUGGUUCUUUGAACGCAGUUUGUGGUAUUAAGAUUAUUACUGGUCAACCAUCAGACACAUUUGGUGACUUUAAGCAUCUUCGACAAGAGAUGAUUCAAAAACUUACUGUGCUGGAACAAAUCUGUUCUCCCUAUGUUGGUCGAUUGAAGUCUCUUGUGGCUCAAUUGAAGAAGGAAGGAAAAGAAAAGAAUGCGGAGGAAGUAAGAUCAAAAACUCAAAUAUUCAAAUGUAUUGAAAACGUUAUAACCCUCGCAAAGGCCCUCAAAAAACCUCGUCCUGAAUUUAUUCAAUUCUCUAACUUGAUGCCAAGUUGGAUUGCCAUGAGAAAGAAGUUAAAGAAGCACAAGAGAAAGUUCAGUAAGGAAGUGGAUGGUAAGGACAAGCAAGGAAAGAAAAAGAAGGUAAAGAGAGAGCACAACAGCAAUGAAGGAAACUCAAAAGCCUCCAGCAGCAACAGCAACAAUCAACAACAAAAGAGAGGUAAUAAUUUUAAAAGAGGAAAGGGCCAGAGUGGCAAGCGAGGAAAAAGAUACUAG